UGGGCAGUGCUCUGAAAUUAAAACGUUGAAGAGCUUUGCUUUAAGACAGAUACAAGGCUUAAGGGAUAAACCUACUUUUAUUUUGAAUUAGUAAAAUACUUCAAGGCAAUAUGCAGGCUUUUAGAAACUGCGGUUUGUGUGCUAGUGGGAAUCUUCUUAAAGGCCGGACCGACUUCCUGAUUGCGCGGAGAAACAUGGCAGUCAUGCGAUUGAGUGCUGCAUGUGUGCAACUUCUCAAGGACAAGGCUAAUGUGUUCUGCAGAAGCUCCGUUCAUCAGCGUCUCCUGCGCCUGCCGGAGGUUGCCCGAUCAAAUACAGUCGCGUUCAGUGUCAGCAGCAGCCUCUGUGCGGUUCCUUUUACACAGCAGGUUGAAAACCUCUCACAUGAAUCUCUGAUUCGUCGGGCCUCGUGUCUGGUCACAGACAGUGCCAACACGUACCUCUCUCAGACCACAUUGGCUCUUGUUGAUGCCCUUACACAGUAUGCCAAGGCACUACAUACACUCAUUGCCCUUCAAAAGCGAUACAUAACCUCAAUAGGUAAACUGACCCCUGCUGAAGAGGACAGCAUUUGGCAGGUGAUCAUUGGCCAGCGAGUAGAGGUUAGUGAUAGAUUGGAAGAAUGCAGACGCUUUGAGUCAAACUGGAUGAAUGCCAUCAACAUCUGCGAGUUGUCGGCAGAAGCAGCUUACAAUUCAGGAGCAGAGCAUGCAUGCACAGCAACAAAGACUAAUCUGCAGGUGGCGCAGUGCAAAGUGGAAGAGCUGAGAACGAUCUCAAAAGAGGCGGAGAAAAAACUGGCUGAAACGAAAGCAGAAGAAAUCCAGAGAAUGGCAGAAUAUGCUUCCAGCAUUGAUAUUAAUGAUCUGGAAGAUAUUCCAGAGGCCUACCUUCGAGAGGACUAGAAAAAUACACGUUUGUGACAUUGCUAGUCUGUAGCAAGCAGUGAAUAAAUCAAUGACUAUGAAUCAAGAAUGCACCUUGAUAUAAAUUUGCAAUCAGUAUUGGUUAUGGAAUUAAAAGAAGCCUUGCUUUUGAAGGCCUCAUUGAAUCUAUAUGGUUAAUGUUCAUAACGAGCUGGUUAAAGUCCAAAAAAAAUGUGUUAAGUGUUAAAGUGAUUAAUACAGCUGGUAAGAUGCAUAUAAAAUAUAUGUGGAGCAGAAGCUUGCAGAGAAAUUGCUUUAAAGUAAUUGAUUUAGUAUUUGUAUAUAUGUAUAUAUUUUUCAUAUUGUUCAGUUAUUUCUUAGUGCAAUUACAUGCAUGUUAAUGCAACAAUGAAAUCAUAUCACAUGUUGUGAUAUUGCAGUGUAUACAAAGUUGCAGUCAAUCUGUUUUAUAUUUCUAGAGAUCAACUGUUAUUUAUUGUCCUAAUGGAAAAUUUAUUUAGUUUUUGCAAAAUGUGUGAAUUCCAAUAAAUACUUUUUUUAAACUGAA